UACCUCCACGCCAUACCGUGCACUACACUUGAUUCCAUCGUAUCGGAAAUCGAAACAAAACGACGGGGACGAAAUCGAAUACACAACAAAAAAAGGAUUUACUAACACAGAAACAGACCACAAUGAACACUAAAAACAACAGCCACAACAUGGUGCUUCUGCCCCUGCUGCUGAUGGCCGGAUCCAAGCUGCACCAGGCGGACGCCUUUCAGCCACCCGCCCGGAUAGCAGCUGCCGCGGCACUUUCCGGCAGGCCCGCUGYCACCACCAGCCAGCUCGGAGCGGCGAUCCCUCCCCUCCACGACGCCGCCUCGUCGCUGGACCCGCAGGAAUUGUCCACUCACGCUCACGCGCUCCACGGAUUCCUGCAGCACCACACCUCUACCUUUUUGUCGGACGCGGCUGCGGCAACCCUCGAUCCCUCCGGAAGCAAUCCCCUGGAGGCCAUCGAAGCCGUCAUCGAAA